UCUUUUUUCUUUUAUUAUAAUGUAGCAAAACCCCCUGGCAAAAUAUAACUAUUUUAGGCCACGUAACUGUAGGAUUACCCUUUGUGGAAUAAAGUAAACCCACGUCUUCCUCUUCAUUAGAGAAAUUCAAUCUUAAGAAAAUUACAAAAUCUUUUUAAAAGAGUAAAAUCUAUAAACCGAGGACGCUGUAAAUCUAAAAGUAAGGAGUAUCAAGAUUUGAUUUUAGAUAAACUCUUUGAUUAUCAAAGAUUUUAUCUAUGAUGAAGUAUCAAAUUUUAAUAUUUCAUCAUGUGCUUGUGAAAUAGCACCUGUUUUAUGUAAUGAUAGAGAUGUUAAGUGUAGCAUCAUCAAUUGCCAAGUAGAGCACAUCUUGUGUCUUUGUAAAACUAGAAAGGUAUUUGAUUACAUUUUUUGUAUAUUAUUGUAUAUACGAAAACAUUUGUUGUUUUAAUCUGCAAUUAUUUAUUAACUAUAUAUAAUUAUUUCACUUCAAUUAAACUGAAGUAGUUGAUUAUUUUCAAUUAUUGUAUUUAAGGUCUCUUUUGAAGACAGGGUAUAUAUUCGUGACCAGAGAAAUAAGAUUGGUCCUAAAGAUUUUUAUCAGCUGGGAAAGGCUGAUUUAAAAUCUGGUACAUUUAUUCCAGAAAAGUUAGUUCAAGUAGAGCUUAUAGAUCAUGUUGAAAUGCCUUACGCCCAUAACUCAUUGAUUGAUUCUGGUCACAUAUCUGAAGUUACAGCAUCUGAUCCAGAUGUUUUGCACACAACAGGUUGGUGCAACCGUUGCCCUGCUUACAAAUGCUCCACUUCUAGAUUAUGGAAUCAUUAAAUAUGGAGAUUUGAAUCAAGUUGUAGAUCGAAGCAAAAUUGAGAGAGAGAAGAAGAAAGUAAAGUCAAUAUAUGGUAAUCAACAUGAUAACAAUUUACGUAACUUGGUGUGUUUGGGUGUUGAUGGUAAAGAUGAUAAAAAUGUUCUUCAGUUUAAGGAUGUUGUUGAAAAUGGAGAAACUCGCUUGUCGAGAGUUACUGAAAAAGAACAUCAUUUAACUUUUACUAAUGAAAAUAGUUUUAAAAAUGAUUCAUAUCUCUCUCAUAAAAAUCUCCCAUCAAAUGGUGCAACUGGUUUGCUUCAAAGUGAAAUUGCAUAUAAUGUUCUGAAAAAGUAUGAUAGUUAAAUUCAGUAUAAGCCCUUCUUCUUAGUCAUACAAAUGUCAAU